UCCAGGAGCUCAAAGAUGCGUCCCUCUGUGAUCGCAGUGUUCACACUUCUGUCCUGCGUCUGUGGAGAGAAUCCCGGAGUAAAAGUCGUCCUGACAAACAAAUGGCUUCAGUACGUGAAGCAUGUCGGUGCAGGAUGGGUUCAGGACAAGCUGGAGAAAAUCACUUUUCCAGACAUCAGCGGGGAUGUUAAUAUCCAUAUUGGAACUGUAUAUUACACACUUUCAGGCACAACCGUAACAAAAUGUGACCUUCCAGAGCCCGUGGUUGAGUUUUCUCAGGACAACACGGGGGUUAAGACAUCUAUAGAAGGCCUCAGUGUUGCAUUAGCUGGUGACUGGAGAACUAAUUUUGGCCUCAUACAUGAUGGUGGAACGUUUGAGAUGGCCAUAUUUAGCAUGAGUUUGACCUCUGUGGUGCAGCUGGGGAAAGACUCUGAUGGUCAUCUGUCUGUCAGCAGCCUCAGCUGUGAUGCUCAGGUUGGAGACGUUGACAUCCAGUUCCAUGGAGGAGCCAGUUGGAUCUUUCAGCCAUUUGUGGACCAUUUCAAAGGGCAUAUUGUUGAUAUGAUACAAAGUCAAAUUUGCCCUAAAGUUCAGGAGUUCAUUGUGAGCGUGGAGAGCGACCUACAGGCCAUGAGCGUUUCCGUUAAUGUGAGUGAGGUGCUUAGUUUUGAAAUUCCUCUCACUGAUCCACCUGUCAUCGAGGCCUCUAAUCUAAAGAUGGGAUUAAAGGGGGAGUUCUACAGUAUCAAGACUCACAUGGAGCCCCCCUUUGUGGCCCAGCCCUUCACCAUGCCAGAGCAGCCGGACCACAUGCUGUCCGUGGGGAUGUCUGAGUUCACCAUGAACUCCGCCUCAUACGGAUACUUCUCAGCAGGACAGCUUCAGGCUCUCAUCAAUGACAGCAUGAUACCUCCAGCAUCUCCUGUACGCCUGAACACCAGUUCCAUGGGAGUGUUUAUUCCUCAGCUUCCCAAGCAGUUCCCAAACCUGUUGAUGGUUCUUCAGGUGUACGCCUCAGACUCUCCCAUGGUUUCCCUCCAGCCUGGGCUCGGUGAACUUGGACUCCAAGUCGGUGUGAUCGCCUACGCCAUAGAGCCAAACACCACCCAGGUCCCACUGUUCAAACUCAGCAGCAUCUCAAAAUUUAGUGGAAAAAUGUGGAUCGCUGAUCAGAAACUGAAAGGAUCCGUAACAAUGGAUAAUUUUACACUGACACUGGUGUCCAGCGAAGUGGGGACCUUUAAGACUGAUGCCCUGGAAAACGGAGUGAAGAUGGGAAUAAAAAUGAUGGUCUUACCUAAACUGAACACGCUGCUGGGAAAUGGAAUUCCUUUACCUCAAAUGAAACAGGGACAUCUGGUCAACUCGGUUCUGAACAUAGAAAAGGGAUUUCUGGACAUUUAUUCAGAUGUGGAGAUUGAACCAGCAGAAAGAAACAACAACUUUUUAUAAAUAUAAAGAAAUAAAACACUCUUUCAGCUCAUGUUUGAAUUAAACUUUUAAAAAUUGAACUUCUUUAGCUUCUCAACAGAAAAACAGGUGAUUAAAAUCAAUUUUUCAUUUACAGCAGGCCUAGAAGUGGUCAAAAAUGACUGAUUUAUACAAAUAGCCCAAUUACAUCCAAUAAGCAUCUUUGUGAUCCAAGUGUUCUGUUUUCAAAUGUUUUGUAUUGAUUUGUUUCAUUUUAAAUCAAGUUUUUUUGAAUCUGAUGUCAUUAAAUUACACCUUCACAUUUCAUGUCAUCUUGUUUUCAAUCACUUAAGUUUUUAAUUUUACAAGAAUAGGCAAAUCAAAUAUAUUUAUAAUUUUUCACUUUAAGAAAUGAUGCACCUUGUUUUUCAUUUACUUGUCAGAAAAUAAAAUUGUGCUGUCAAAUCUCUGAUGAACGAGAAAACACUUCAGAGUUCAUGAAACGAUGACGACUCUUUAUUUUUGAAAUAUUUCAGUGCUUGUUGUUGAGAUACUGUUAUUUUUUUAAUCACAUUCUUGGAAUGCAGCACCUUAAAAUAUAAAUAUCAUCCUAUUUAUAGCCAGUGUUGUUACAAUGUUUCCCAUUAAAAAAAACAUCACUUUUCCUUCAUAAAACAAGACACAGUGUGUAGAUGGUGACAGGCUCAUUGAACCAGAAUCAUUCAGAGCAG